GGUUAAGGACGACGUGUUCCAAGAGAACCGCCCGGCCGUACAAGCUUCGCACGCAUCAAUAAGCUUAUAAAUUCUCCUGUUCCCGCGUGCCCUGCUCUUUACUUGCAGAAGCUGCGAUGUGGACGCGUUUCUGGCGGUUCAUGCUGGCCGAGAGGCAGGCGCCGUUCAAACACCCACCGCCACCGCCUCCGCCGCCUCCGCCUCCGCCUCCGCCGCCUCCGCCUCCGCCUCAGUACGGUCCUCUUCCUGAGCCGUCAUCUGUCGCGACGCUGUACGCCCUUGCCGGCAACUUCCUCGAUCGCGCCAAGACCGUUUUGUAUACGGGCCGGCCGACGGUUCCCCAUGUCAUCUCCUCCGAGCCGAGCGCUCGCCGUGCUGUGGCCGAGUUCACGGCCCCUGCCUCCGAGGCGUCCCCAGCGGCGCCACAGAAAAACGACUCGUGGAACUUGAGUUCUAGCGCGGUGCGCUGGAUCAUCGUGGCGGGUGUGGUGGUCGUGGUGGUUCUGGUUUUGUGCUUGGUUGUGUGCUUGGUCCGGCGGGGAAGGAGACGGCGGCGCCGCCGGCGGUUGGAGCUGCCGCCCCAGCAGCCUUCAGCAAUGAUAUACCACAAAGAUGGCCCGGCACGACCAGUACUUCAGCAAGCGCUGUCGGAGCACUACUUGGCGCCGCAGUACCGCCCCACGCCUCCCCACACCAGCGGCACGUUCUCAGACGCGGGCUCCGACUACGUUCAUUCUGUCGACAUCGUCGCCGAGUUGCCGUCUGGAGGCUCGCACUCGUACGAGCAGCUCGCCGCCGCGACGAACGGGUUCUCUCCGGACAACAUCAUCGGGCAGGGCGGCUUCGGGUGCGUGUACAAGGGGAUGCUGGACGGCGCCGAGGUGGCGAUCAAGAAGCUCAAGACAGAGAGCCGGCAGGGCGACCGCGAGUUCCGGGCGGAGGUCGAGAUCAUCAGCCGCGUGCACCACAGGAACCUUGUCUCGCUGGUUGGGUACUGUAUCUACUCCAACGAGAGGCUGCUGGUAUACGAGUUUGUCCCUAACAAGACACUUGACUCGCAUUUACACGGGCACAACGGGCCUCCUCUUGACUGGCAUCAAAGAUGUAAAAUAGCUGUGGGGUCUGCAAGGGGUUUGGCAUAUCUACACGAUGACUGUUACCCUAAAAUUAUACAUCGUGAUGUUAAGGCGUCCAACAUUCUUCUUGAUCAUAAUUUUGAGCCCAAGGUUGCAGAUUUCGGGUUAGCAAAGUAUCAAUCGGUAGACCAUACCCAUGUUUCCACGAGAGUAAUGGGAACUUUCGGGUACAUAGCCCCGGAAUUUUUGUCCAGUGGCAAACUAACUGACAAAGCUGAUGUCUUUGCAUUUGGUGUCGUCCUCUUGGAGCUGAUAACUGGAAGGCUACCGGUUCAGUCAUCUCAGUCCUACAUGGAUGAAACAUUAGUUGGUUGGGCUAGACCCUUGAUUUCACAGGCUGUAGAGGAUGGUAACCUUGAAAUCCUUAUCGAUCCACAACUUGGAGGCUAUUACGAUCCUUCCAUGAUGAUGCGAAUGGUCGAGUGUGCUGCGGCCGCUGUGCGACAAACGGCGCAUCAGCGUCCAUCCAUGGUUCAGAUCCUCAAAUACCUGCAAGGAGAAACAGGCGCGGAUGAUCCAAACAGUACCUUUAAAAUUACACUAGCAGACGAGUCUUACAGCACCAGCAUGGACUCGGGUGAAUCCGUUGGACCAAGGCCAAGAAGAACGCACCGGAGUCAGGGAAACACUAGCACCGGCUACAGCGGCGAGCAAGCUCCUGCAGACAAACCAAACUGGAGUCUGCGAGCGGCUGGUGAACUGGAAGAUGUUCCUCCCGGUAUUAAUGUAUGAUUUGGAGAUAAAACUAUGAAGACAUGAUUGUAGCCCGAGGCAUACAUGCAGAAAAUGGAUGUCGAUAAUAGAGAAGAGAUUGGUCGUGUAUCGACACAAAAUCUGUACCCUCUUCCAAGCUACUGUAUACAAUUUCCCACAA